AUGACUGCUCUUCAGUUCAUACUAGUCUUUGGUGUCUUAUCGGCCGUUCAAUGGUCUGCCGCCGCGCAAGAGAUUCCGGUCGCCGGGGUUAGGUCCGGCGUCAACACGAGAACCGGCGAGAUGCCCAUCAGGAGGAACAUCAACAGCAUCUUCGACGAAAGAGGGCCACAGUGGGAUCUCUACAUUGCAGCUCUUACUGCCAUGCAAGAUGCAAACGAGACGGAUCCAACGUCUUACUUCCAGAUAGCGGGAAUCCACGGCCAGCCAUACAUGGCCUGGUCCGGUGGCGGACCGCAGACGGGAGCAAACGCAGGAUACUGUCCUCACAACCAAGGGUUGUUUGGCACCUGGCAUCGCGGCUAUCUCUCGCUAUAUGAGGUUCGUACUACCGUUUCACAAACCCAGCUUCGCGUUGACCAUGACUUGACUUGCUCGCAGCAAGUUCUCGUACGCCAGGCCAAGCGCAUUGCAAUCUCCUACCCAGAACCUCACAAGAGGAAGUACCUAGAAGCUGCAGAGAGUUUGCGCAUCGCGUAUUGGGACUGGGCCGAAGACCACCAAGUCCCGCCUGUGACGGCGAUGCCGACGGUGAUCGUCAACAAGCCCGUAGCCGGCUUGGUACAGCCCGCGGCCGUCCGGAACCCGCUGUACCGGUUCAAAUAUCCCCAAUCCGCUCUCGAUGGCUAUUUUGGUCGAUUCGAUGGGACGAACUCCACGAGGCGUUGCGCCAAUGACGGCGAGACUUAUCCGGAGACGGCCAACAAGAAGCUCGCGAGUUUCAACCUGAAGGAGAAGACGUACAACGUCUUCGUCAAGGCCACCACGUUCCAUGAGAUGGUUUCGGCUCAGAGCCAAGGGGCCAACUUCGAAGGACCCCAUGGAGAAGUCCACGUCGCAGCAGCAUGUGGCCAGGAUCUCCUCACUCUUUCGACGUCUGCCUUUGAACCUUUGUUCUGGCUCCAUCAUGCCAACGUCGACCGUCUCAUCGCCUUCUGGCAAGCCCUUCACUUCGAAAAUGCCAACAUGCACUUCUCGUACUCCUCCAACGAAAUGUUCGCCACGCCGGCGGGCACAACGGUGACGCCGCAGUAUCCCAUCUGGCCAUUCAUGGGCUCGGGAGGCAGCCCGCUCACAACUGAGUCGGUGACCCACGUCCGCGACUGGGGGUACACGUACGCGCCCAUGCGGUUCUGGGACCAGGCGCCGGGAGAGACCAAGAUGGCCGUCAGCAGGACGGUGAACCUCCUGUACGGUCCGUCGGAGCAGCAGGAAAAGCGAAGACUCUCGCUUCAGGGGCUGAGGAGGCGGAAGGGAGUGACGAAGAGGGAGUACUUCGCCAAGGUCGAGGUGGAGAGGGGCGAGCUGGAGUUGCCGUGCCAGGUGCAGCUGUAUCUGAAGGGCAAGCUGGCCGGGUCCUUUACGCUGCUGGACAUGCCCAAGAAGGGAAAGAGCUACGAUGAGAUCCCACUGAGCAGGGGGGUCGAGAUGGCGGGCUUCCGUGGGCUCUCGUCGAAGAGUGUACUGGGCGACGUCGAGUACGGGUUGGAGGUUGAGAUCAAUAACCUUGACGGAACAACGACGCCGUUGGACCGCGUGCCGAGCUUGAAGAUCGAGUUGGAGGACGUGACCUUCGUGGCGCCCGAUUCGCUUAACGAACUGCCGACGAUCGGUGCAGCACAAUGUCGCGCCGCGAAAGCGCGACCCUUGACAAUCAGCAACUAG